AUGGAGCACGUGAAACUGUUCUACCACCUAUGCACUGAAACGUUUGAUUCACUGCGCGACGAAAUCGACCUUCCUGACGUUUCGUUCCGAGACGUGUUUAAAGAGGUGUUAUCCUCACCGUACGUCUUGAAUGAGCUCUUGGCGCUUGCUGCCUUGCAUCUGAGCACUUUGACCUCCGACCAGAACAUUUAUCAUCACCAAGCGAAAGAGCUACAGACCCACGCCUUAUCAAUAUUUAACCAGAUAGCACCCGAAGUUAAUGCGGAAACAUGCGUGCCAUUGGCUAUUUUUUCUUCCGCUCUUGGAAUGCAUGAGAUGUGCGAGACAUUGUUCUUCCGAGAAACAACAUUUGAGCACUUCUUAGACAACUUUAUACGUUCUCUAUGUUUGAAUCAGGGAGUUCGGGCAGUCACGGGCAGUUCAUGGAACUUAUUGAAAGAAAGCAUCCUGGGAACGAUGUUUAAGCAAGGAGAGAAGGCUGUGACGCCUACUGGAACAGUUUCCGGCGAAACUUGCUCGCGGCUUCUGGGGCUCAUUACGACGGCGAACCUUGUCCAAGAAUACAAGGAUAGCUGUAAGCAAGCCAUUUUGGCCUUACAGCCUGUCCUCGACGAGUCUGACCGGGAAGUUUCCCAAAGACCCAGCAUCAUUUCCAUCCGGGCUUGGCCAGCCAUGGUAUGCAAAGGUUACAUUGAUCUUCUGAGAAUGAGAGAGCCACAUGGGUUGGUGGUUUUGGCUCAUUAUGCCGCGCUGAUACACUUACGGCGUGACUUGUGGAUAUGUGGUGAUGGAGGCCAGUUUCUGGUAAGAUUGAUCUGUGAUCACUUGGGAAAUGAAUGGUCGCACUGGCUACGCUGGCCAAUCGAAGUCAUAUCUGUUGAAUGA